AGACAGCAUAAAGCGGCUCUCGAGAUGUGGCCUUGCUUCAUUUUCAAAAGCAAAAGAGUAGAUCUGAAGCCAAGAAACACGUCCUAUUUUUAUCUUUACAGUUGUUUCAUUUUCUACUGUUGAUUCGUCACGACAAACCUUUGAGGACCUGUUCUUUACUGGAAUUGAGCUGAAAAACAAUUUCCCUGUCUUCCAGAUGUCUCAAAACAGAGCCGGUCAUCCGUCGCUUGAGAAGUACGUAGUACUCCUUGCCGAUAGACAAACGGGAGUUGUGGUUAUGGAAGCGCUUGUUUGCGCCGUCCUACUUCUCACAGCUCUGCUGGGGAAUUCUUUAGUUUUGUGGAUGGUGUGGAAGAACAAAAAUCUCCGAACAAUUCCAAACCAUUUUAUCGUUUCCCUUGCUUUUGCCGACAUCGGAAUGGCAACCAUAUGCCAGCCGCCGUGCCUCACGGUCCUCGUGACGGGGAAACGAACUUACGGAAAUUUUGUCUGUCAGCUUCAAGGAUAUGCUAUAGCCAUGCUGGCUUGUGUGUCACUUUUAACGCUAACCGUGGUCGCUGUAAAUCGGUACUUUUUAAUCGUCCGUCCGAAGAACUACCAGAAGAUCUUCAGCACAAGGAACACUCGUAUCAUGAUUGCUGUUAUUUGGCUCGUCUCUCUCGUUGAACCAGUACCUUAUCUUGCUUCCAACCAUCGUUACGUGUACCAUGCGGGGAAGUUCUUUUGUUUUCAAGUCGUCGAAGUCGACUUUUUCACUUUACUCGGGUACAUGUUCGUUUUCAUUCCCAUGUUGGUGCUUUCGUUUUGUUAUUACAACGUUUUCAAAGCUUUGAAAGAGCAUAACAAACGGUUCCAUAGCUUGCGACGCCGAGGAGACCAGCCAAACGCUGCAAGGAUCUCUGUUGAGGAGAUAAAUGUGACAAAAACUUUGUUUCUUACAGUUUGCGCCUUCCUAAUCUGUUGGACACCGAUUGCCAUUGUGGAUUUCAUAGGGUUUGGACAAGGAGGCUGGAACCUUCCUCGUGAGGUGUACGUGAUGUACACAUUUUUGGGUCAGUUGAGUACAGUGAUAAACCCGGUCAUUUAUGGCGUCAUGAACAAGACCUUCCGAGACGAAUACAAGAAGCUGUUUAAAUGGAGCGGUGGAGCCGACAUAACGCAAGAAUCCACUGAAGACACUCCACAGACGCAGGAGAGUAAGUGCUCUGUGCUUUAGAAAAUAACUUGACAUUUAAAUCGGUUGCUCUUUGUUGAAGCCUUAAAAUAAAGUAAGAUAGUUGAGCUUCUACUUUUUUUUCUAGUUUGAAGGAAACAUCAAUAUCUAGUUACAGUAAUUAGCUAUGCUAGAACCUCGUCACUAAAAAUUGUUUUUUCAGUGACACCCGUAUGCUCUUACACUGAAACUAUUUUGACCUGAAGUCGCCUUUUUAACUAGGGCUUUUUUCACGUAACUGAGGUCUGAAGACUCUACACAUCAGUGUCGGAGCGUGAGUGUCAGUCUUUACUACAACAUGAACCGAUUGAAAUUUACUUGAUAACUAGUGAAGCAGAUGCACAAUCAUUUUUUUGCUCACGUUUGUUUCUGUGACAGGCUUUUGAUAACGAUAAAUUUCUUGAAAAAUGCUUCUUUAGAAUUGCACAGUAUCCAUUUUCCAAUACAGUUAUUGAAGAUUAGUGAAUGCAGUUACUCCGCAAAUGCUUCGAUAAAGCGUCCUCGUGUCAGCUUCUACGAAAACUAAAUGGAACAUUUGAAACGUGGGUUUUGAUUAAACUCAGGAAGGCUACGAUUCUAUGUCAGUCAUUUGAUUGACAACGUUUCUUACCACUCUGCGAUGUUUACAAUACACACUCAAUCAAUUACUGUGUUUUUUGUGCAUGUGCAAGACAAGUAAAUUUGCGUUAUUAAACAUAUUUACACACUAUCUAAGGAGGAAAGUAUAACUCAAAGAAUGGUAAACUUAGCGCUUAGUCUUCAAAUGAAAAAGAAAAGGAUGCCACUCAUUACGAAGGAAGUCUUUCUUUAGGAUUUGGACUUGCAUAAAGAAAAAAAGAAGUACAAAAAAUGUCGAGACCAGGCAAACUGAUGUCAAUGGUUUGUGAUAAGGUGCUAUUAUAUAAUUUUCUUCUUGAGCGAUGAAUGAUAUCAGAUUCGGCUACAAUACUGCAACCCAUUUGUCAUCGACACGUAAGGGAGCUGAGUUAUGAUGUUAGGAUUCAACAACAUUUCUUGUAAAGGUGUAAAAUGAUCAUGAUGAUGAUUUCUAAAAUAAACGAACUCCUUGUCACUCUUCAUAGAAGUAAAAAUGACCCAAAAAGAGCUAAAUGUUUUCAAGUUUUUAAAUGGAGUUUUACAUGUUCGGAAUGAACCAAGACUUAUGGUGCUUGUGAUUAUAUUUGGAGACUUCGAGAUAAUGAAACUGUAAAAUUUUAUCCCAAGAAAGUAAAAAGGUUUGACUAAUGGUUGCUGGUGAUGAACUGUUAGAAUAUUUAAAUAAUAUAUGAUAGAGGGACCGAAAAUUAAGUGAUCAACUGAUAGACUCAUAGCUAAUAAAAACGAAAAAAAAAAAAAAAUUUUUACUACAGAAUUAGACUUAAGUUCAUAGAUCAAGACAAGGAAUACUGUGUAGUUAUGGUGAUAAACUGUUGUAAAUACCUUUAGGUGAGGACGUUUAACACUGUUUCAACAACUAAUAAGAUUAAUCAUUAAA